UGGAGGCCGAGGCGGGCAGGCACCAGCCAGAGCAGCUGGCGGCAGACAGCAGACUGUCGGGCUCUAGUGGGCCAGGCUCGUCUACCUGGCAGGCCUUCCUUCGCCGGAAGCCGGUUCUGACGUCAACAUGGACUCCAGCCUCCUCUUGUUUCUGCUGCUACUUCUGAGGCCCCUGCCUGUAGUGGCCUACUCUGUGUCCCUCCCAGCCACCUUCCUGGAGGAUGUGGGGGGCAGUGGGGAAGCUGAGGGUUCCUCAGCCUCUUCCCCCAGCCUGCCGCCACCCCGGACUCCAACCUUCAGCCCCACAUCAGGGAGACCCCAGCCCACAGCUCUGGAGGGUCCUGUGCCCCCCACUAACCUCCUGGAUGGGAUCAUGGACUUCUUCCGCCAGUAUGUGAUGCUCAUUGCGGUGGUGGGCUCUCUGGCCUUCCUUCUCAUGUUCAUUGUCUGUGCCGCACUCAUCACCCGCCAGAAGCACAAGGCCACAGCCUACUACCCAUCCUCCUUCCCCGAGAAGAAGUAUGUGAACCAGAGUGACCGGGCUGGGGGCCCCCCUGCCUUCAGCGAGGUCCCUGACAGGGCACCUGACAGCCGGCAGGAAGAGGCCCUGGGCUCCUCCCAGCAACUCCAGGCUGACAUUCUGGCCGCUACCCAGAACCUCCGGUCCCCAGCCAGAGUGCUGCCAGGCAGUGGGGAGGGAACAAAGCCGGUGAAGGCUGAGGUGCCAAACAGCCAGGAGGAGGUCCAGGAAGCCCCGGUAUGCCGGGCCACCACAGAGAAGCUGGGGGUCUCAGAAGAGUCAGGCUCGGCAGAGGCUAUAGGGGCUCCUAAAGCCAGUGAGGGCCAAGGGGGACAGGAAGGUUCUUUCUCUGCAGCAGAGGAAUCCCAGGGACCAGCCGGGCCCCCUGAAAGUUCCUGUGCUUGCGGCAGCGUCUCCCCCAGUGUCUAACUGGCCCCAGAACUGCUGAGUCUGGCUGUCGGGUCCUCGAGGAUCACCUCCUUGGUCAAGAAAGGCCUUCUGCUUUGACUGCUUCUUGACAAGCCUCCUUGGCCAGUGCUGAUCAAUCCUGACCCUGAAUGGGCAGAGCUGAUGACCUCUGGUGCACCCGAGGACGCACCUGGCCAAGUUCCAGCGCCUUUAAUGCCUCUUGCCCUCCUGGGGGCUUCACCCUAAAGCACCACUUCUCUGCAAGAGGAAUGACAGACACACCCCAGAUGGAGCUGCACUGAGGCAGUCCCCAUAAGCAGCCGCACAGCAGGAGAGGAAGAGACCAGAGGCCCCUGGUCAGGCAGCAAACACUGCCGGUUCCAUCUUGGCUGUGGAGACAAGCAGGGCUGCUGGAUUUGAACGAUGUCAAGUGGAUGGGCUUGCCACGGUCCUCAGCUGCCUUCGCACCCCACGGGAGAAACAAAGUACAGCCUGUGUCCUGUUGCUCCAGGAACUGCUGAGGGUCGCCUUCUCCUCUCCCCAUCCCUAGAAUGUCGGUAUCACUCUGCCCCUGCUCAGUGGACUUGAUUAGUUAGGAAGCUCCUUGCAGGGGCCCCCACCUCAUCACAGAGUCCCUCUAGGCACUCCGUGGAUACGCAAACUCAAAGUCACGUGAGCUGAGGAUCCGCUGUGCCCUCUCCGAGCUGAUGCACCUACUCUAAGGGUUCCUAUUGGUCUGGCUUCGCUUCUCUUUCCCCCAUGCUUUAGUAUUAGGGCAGUGACGAUGGCUGCAAAGUCCAGCCUCACAGCACCCACUCUGGGAAAUACCAUUCUCGGUUUCCUCUAGGGCACUCCAUUGGACGAUCUGGUUCAGAGUUGGAAUGUGAGAUGCAGGGAGUCCGGUUCUCUCAAGUGUCAAGCAACCCUGAUUUGAGAGUGGGCAACUCAUCUUGCUAUUGAUGCCGGGAUGCGGGGGGCCGGUGGGGGGGUGAGCAGAGCUCUCCUCUGCCGGGGCCCUGAAGCAACCCGGAAGCCAAGGGAUGUUUGGGACAACUGUUGUUCUGGAUUCUGACACCCAACCUGGAGUAGGAGCUUGGCCCAUUCUUUGCUCACACAGUGGUCUGGCAGCCUGAGCCCACACCAUUCCUCAGUCUUUGACAGUGUGGAGGCUUUGUCCUGUUGGGGGCCUUGGGGGGUUCCCCACACCUCCAAUCAGGGAC